AUGAAACUGUCACUGCUCAUCAUCGGCAUCCUUGUGCCAGUGAUACUGGCUCAGGUAGAUGUCGAUAACAACGACAAAAGAAGGUGCAGCGGUUGUAGAGACUGCUGCAACAAUAAUGGGUGUGUAUCUGGUGAUAUGCAUGUGGAGGAACAAAGCAAAGGAAUCAUCCGCGUAUCACAGCUAUCCAAUGGAGACUUCAUCCGAGGAAUUUCCGGAGCUGAUCGUGAGCCUGGUUGGUGCAGAGUUGAAGCCGUUUAUCCCUCUUCAUACGAAAGCGUAACUAUAUAUGACGGUUUCACACCAAACCACAUGGUGGUGGAUGAUGACUUAGUACACCAAUUUGGAAAGAAGGGUAACAUGUCGGAAAACAUACCUUUUAAGCUGGCCACAGAGUGCGAUGCAGCCUUGAAUUACGCUGGCCAGGCGUUUACACCCAUUAGCACCGCAUUUUGUCCUCAUGAUCUGGGAUGGAGCGAGUACUUGACACUGAUGGCCGCUAUUCGACGCGUCACAGAUCGCACUGGGUUUUUCUGGUAUUUCAGCGAUGCCUUCCAUGACAACAGCACAGCCCAUAUUCCAAAGUGGAUGGAUACGCUGCAUGAAAUGUGCUUGGAGCUCUUGAGCUGCGCCCGCGAUGGAAAAUGCCAGCAGUUUGAGAACGUGAUGGCCGAGUUCGUUCGAGAACACGUGAAUAAGAGGUACGUGGGCAUCGUUGAAGUCGUGUUUCCCAACAUGGGCGGUGAUGUGAGCAAAGAGGAAGCUGGUACUAUCACUGAGACUGUUCGACCUAAGGGAAUGAGAAGCAUUAUGCUCAUGUCUGCUGUCGGCAGCGCCAUUGUUGGGUUCUUGCUUGUCGUGCUUAUCGCAGCCAUACUGUACAGGAAAAAACACCGCCCAGGAAACAAGAAAUUGCAGGUUUUGCAAGCCAACCACCCUUGCGUUGACUAUGGAAAGGCUUAACUAGUUAACUUGAUGUUUGACUCAUGAUGUGAUAUUAGUUUAACAGUGUUAGUGUUUUAGUUCCAGUCAAACAGUUUUUGAAAUUUUUAGCUCAUAAUCGUGGCAAUUGUAUCGAAUUUAUGCAUUUCCCUGCACAGUGUUUAGUUUUGUUAUUUAUACUGAGCGUGUGUGUGAAUGAUUUUUCAUUAGCUAUAGGUCUUAUAGGGGUGGAUUCUUUCGCUUUUCUAGUUCAGGCUAGUCUGGUUAACGUGAUGAAUGAUACUUUCCAAAAUACCUUGACACAAGCGGUUUAAGUGUUGUCAGGUGCAUAUCAAUUAUAUAAGAUCUUGUACUGUUUACAUUUCAGAAAGGAUA